CCAAAUGUAAUUAGAUUAAUCCAACGAAUAUUUUAGUUUGUAUGCGAACCAUGACAACAACAAAAAACAUUGAGACUGCCACAUUAUUAAUUUUCAUUAAUCCCAAACUUUCGUAGCGUCUACCCGGAAAGCUUACUGGCUGAGGUAACCGCGCUACCAGAGCAACUUUCUGGCGCGCUAGCAGCAAUUGGUUUCGCAAGACCUGCUCUUUGAAAAGAAGCUAGACUAGCUUGGUGGAUGCACCGACAGGAUUUAAUGGAAUCGUGCUGUCUGGAGUUUCUAGUAUGUGUUCUUCAAGCGAAAAGCGACUGAAACGCUGGACGUGAAAGCUGUCAGAACUGGAGAAGGCGAAGCCAUGCCGCCGGUAUCCGAGAUGGAGGUGUCUGCUUCUCACGGAGGGUCUACCGGGAGCUUGUCCCGAGCGGACUGCCUCUGUCCCGUCUGUCUGGAGAUCUUCCUCGAACCGGUCACAUUACCGUGCGGCCACACGUUCUGCAAGCCCUGCUUUCUGGAAACCGUGGAUAAGGCGAACAUGUGCUGCCCGCUGUGCCGCAAGCGAGUGUCGACCUGGGCGCGGCACAACGGCCGCAACAAGACGCUGGUGAACAGCGAGCUGUGGCUCCGGGUGCAGGCUGCCUUCCCCGCGCAGUGCCAGCGCCGACUGCGAGGCCUGGAGGUGGACGAGGAGGAAAUAUCGUUCUUCAGGCCGCAGGUGUGUCUGCCAGGAGAGGUGAGGCAGGAGUACGAGGAUCAGAUCAGCAAGCUGGCGGAGGAGAAGCGGGCUCUGGAGGAGGCGGAGAGGAGGGCGAGUGAGGAGUACAUCCAGCGCCUCCUGGCAGAGGAGGAGGGCCGCCGGGCGGAGGAGAGCAGGAGUCAGGAGCAGAGGCAGCUGGAGGAUGAUGAGAGGCUGGCCUGGACGCUCAGUGAGGAGCUGAAUCAAAGCCCGAUCUCAGAGUCACAGAGUAACACUCGUUUGAAUAAGACCCCUGUGGCCAAGAGGAAACCACACACCAACGCUGGAGAUAUAGAGAAGUUCUUAAGCCCGCUCCCAAGGCCCCUCAGCGACCCAGAGAGCAGCUCCAGCCUCACGGCCAACAAGGAGAACGUUUCCUGCCCAGACAGGAAGUCCUCCACGCCCAGAACAGACCUCUGUCAGGAGCAUCCCAGCAUGCAGUGCGUCGCCACUACGUCAGCAGAAGGCUCCACCCACCCCUCAACUGGCCACACCCCACACACAAACUCCUCCCACAUCCACCCCUCCACAGGCCCCUCCCACACCAGCUCCGAGCCAGUGUCUGUAUCCAAGAGGAAGAGCUCAGAGCUGGGUCCCGGGGAGGAGGAGGUGGUGGAAGCUUUCAGCAAACGUCCGUGCCCAGCGGGGUCUCCCCCCGGGGGCGGAGAGCCCCCCUGGGCCCCGGAGGAGGCCACGCUGCUGCAGGAGCUGGCCCAGAGGGAGGAGGUGCUGUUCAGGCAGCAUGAGGAGGACCGCAGGCUGGCCCAGGCCCUGCAGAAGGAGCUGGACCGGGAGACGGCCCUCCAGGCUGUCGACCGCAGGAAGGGCUCCAGCGACCAGUACCUGCUCCGACAGAAGCCCAGCCGCGCUCAGUCCAGCUCAGGGGCGGUGCCCGCCACUCCCCCCUGCACCAACAGGGGGCGCUCUCGCUCGGCCAGCGCCACCAAACGGGGCGCGUCGGAGAGGAGACUGUCCAGCCCCAGGGUGAGAGGAGGAGGAGGAGGAGGAGGAAGAGGAGGAGGGCAAGGCGGCCCCUCCAGCUCUGCUGCACCCUUGAUCUCCCUGGGUAGAGCCAGCAGGCAGGCCUCCCUCACAGACAUGUUCCCCCCAGGACACUGAGUCCUCCUCAGCCUGACACCGUCACUAACCCUCCCUCUCCACCUCCAGUCCUCCUCAGCUCCCCUGGACUGGGGGGAGAGCGGGGGGGAGAGCAGGGGAGGGGGGUGAAGGUUGGCCUUCUUAGUAUCGUUUGUGCCUUUUGAAACUCUGGCCUUGUGCUGGGUAGAGAGGACUUCCAUGAGGCCUUCACCUCAUAGGACGCGCUGAGGAACGACCUCUGCUCAGGGGAGGAGCAACACCCAUGGUUAUCAAAUCUGGUUCAUAUUAAACUUUUAAUUUUUUUUUUCUCCAUUCUUUAGACCCAUAUACUGUAUUAACUAUGGAAUAAAAUGAGACGCAA